AUGGGCACGGGCGCCAACGUCGACGUCAUUGUGCCGCACACCAUCAACUCAUACAGCGACGGCGGCGACGCAGAAGCAGCUUCCCGCACCUCAUCGAGUGGGGCGCGGGCCAAGUUCGGGGACCUGUUUGUGAGCCCUGCGUCGCAGCUGCAGCAGUUCCUGGAGGACCCUGAGGGCUUCAUCUCGGGGCUGCAGACGAAGAUUGAGCAGCACGAGCGGAUUGGCGCCCUCGAACGCGGCGUGGACACGCUCAAGGCCAUCAAGGACCUCGCCGCACAGGUGCUGGUGUUUGUUGUUGUUGUUGAAGUGUCGCUGGCGUGGCGCGACUUUCACGCGUUUUUCCGCGACGUCAUUCUGGACCUCAUCGCCACCUUCCCCGCAGACGCAAAGACCAAGAGUGGAGAGCCCUUCUGGUCAGACCACAAGAUCUUCCCCGAGGCGCUCGAGUUUGAUCCGCAGAAUCCGUUGCACAAGGAGUUUCUGAUUGCCGCCGCCAACCUCUACGCAUGCGUCUGCAAGGUGCACCCGACCAAGUACCCGAGUAAGGAGAACAAGCUCCACAUCAAGCGGUGA